CUCUUCAGUCUUCAGUUACUGUAUUGCAUCUGUCAGCUCAGCUGAGUAUCAAUUCGGCACACCGUUCGGUUAUCGUUCGAGUUCUCUUAAAUUAUAUUAGGAUUCGUUCAUUUCAAGAGAUCCUGAAAAUUAAGACACCAUUCAGCCAUAUCAGCCUAUUUACCAAUGUCAGGCUCAGGAACAGGGCAAAGCCACAAAUUUCGCUACAAAAAUGCAGCACUGGAUUCUCAGGAAUUGAGACGUAGAAGAGAGGAAGAAGGAGUCCAGCUUCGUAAGCAAAAAAGAGAAGAGCAGCUAUUCAAACGAAGAAAUGUAGUUAAUGCUGGGAAUGUUCAAGAUGAAGAAGUUAGUAGUUCUCUACAUGAAGAUCUGAUGAAUGUUGCUGCUCAACAGGGCAGCAUAACACAGGAAAUGUGCCAAGCACUGUACAAUCCAGAUAUAAAUGUGCAGCUAUCAGCAACGCAAAAAUUCCGGAAAAUUUUAUCUCGAGAGCCUAACCCUCCCAUAGACGAAGUGAUUCAAUGUGGCAUUGUUCCUCGCUUUGUGGAAUUUCUUGCCAACAACAGCAACUACACAUUGCAAUUUGAAGCAGCGUGGGUUCUGACCAAUAUUGCCUCCGGUACUUCUGCUCAGACCCGUUGUGUCAUUGAAGCUGGUGCCGUCCCGAUCUUCAUUGACCUACUUGGGUCUCAGUAUGAAGAUGUCCAGGAGCAGGCUGUUUGGGCUCUUGGAAAUAUUGCUGGAGAUUCCCCUGAAUGCCGUGAUUUUGAAAUUGAUGCUGGCAUCCUACCGUCGCUAUUACAGCUAUUGAGCAAAUCCAGUAGAUUGUCGAUGAUUCGCAACGGAGUAUGGGCCUUAUCAAAUUUGUGUCGUGGUAAAAAUCCUCCUCCGAAUUUCUCGAAGGUAUCGCCGUGUCUUCCUGUCCUUGCGCGUUUACUCUUUCACGCGGAUCCAGAUGUGCUAGCAGAUGCAUGCUGGGCUCUUUCCUACUUAUCCGAUGGUCCUAAUGACAAAAUUCAAGCCGUUAUUGACGCUGGCGUUUGUCGACGUUUGGUUGAGCUGCUUAUGCAUACUACACCAAGCGUGGUGCAAGGAGCGUUAAGAGCUGUCGGGAAUAUUGUGACCGGUGACGAUAUUCAAACUCAAGUGGUGUUGAAUUGUUCAGUUAUGCAUUGUUUAUUACAUCUGCUAACUUCACCUAAAGAAUCUAUUCGUAAAGAAGCAUGCUGGACUAUUUCGAACAUUACCGCAGGCAACCGACAACAAAUACAGGCUGUUAUUGACGCGAACAUUUUCCCUGUUCUGAUCGAUAUACUUGGCAAAGCAGAGUUCAAAACACGAAAAGAAGCUGCCUGGGCGAUUACAAACGCAACAUCAGGUGGUACUGCUGAGCAAAUUCGAUUCCUUGUUAAUUUGGGAUGCAUUCUCCCCUUGUGUGAGUUGCUUACGGUGAUGGAUGCUAAAAUCAUCCAGGUUGCUCUUAGUGGACUGGAAAACAUACUUCGACUCGGUCAGCAGGAAGCACAGACUCGUUCCAUGCCAAAUGCGUAUGCCAUCUUGAUCGAAGAAUGUUACGGAUUGGACAAAAUUGAGUUUUUGCAAUCGCAUGAAAACAUGGAAAUUUACCAAAAAGCUUUCGACAUCAUCGAAACUUACUUUGGUUCAGAAGAAGAGGAUACGAAGUUGGCACCUUCUGUUGACGCACAGGGUCAGCAAUUCAACUUCAAUCCCGAUCAACAGCAGCCGCCUUCUCAGGGCUUUGAAUUUUGAGAACAUAUUAGAGGAGUGAGCAUAAAAAGGUUGGAAAGUAGUUUGCUCCAUGAGUGGUUCUCUGCGUUUCUUCACUUUUCAUGGAGUUGAUAACAUAUUUAGGAGUGAUUGAUUUCUUUGAAGAAGCUGACUUCUUAUAUUUUUUUUUUUUUUUUUGUAUUUUUCCAUAUGUUCAAUAAGGUUACGUUAUAUUCUCCAAAGGAUUCUAAAGCUAUUCUUUUGCUUGUAACGAGUAUUGACCCAUCUAACCUUUUUCGUUUUUUUCCCCAACGCUAUGGAUUUGAUUUAGAAUAUUCAGAAGAUUUGCUAGUUUCUCAUCACUUUCUCCUCUGUAUCAUAUAUGAAAGAAAUAAUAUGCCACCAAGGUUUGACAGAUACGGCAUUGAAAGACACAAAAUACCUAUUUGAAUAAAUGAAUAAUGCGAGGAUUGGCGACUUGUAAUAUUGCGCCUAUGCGAACCGACGAAAUGAGAGUUGAGGUAGUUCAGGACUAUUAAAUACAAAGUGCUUUUGAAACUACGA